GUAUGACGUUUGCUGUGUCAAAUAUUAUAGUCAACAAAUUGAUUUCUAAACAAAUAUUGAUUCAUUGAAUUAACCAGGACUACUUACUAUUGAGCCAUAGAAAUUAUUUAGUAAAUUUUUAUCCUUACUAGGAUACUUUUACAGUGAAGAUGACUGCAUCUAUAGCAGUGCAUCAAUGUUUGUUUUGUCCGCAAACAUUCAACCAUGCCGCUGAUAAAGAUGAUCACACUCUGGAGCACUUUGCUCAAGAGACUUGUGCCGACUGCAAUCAAAAUUUGAUUCGAAUCGGUGCCGAUUUGUACACUCUACAUGACACAGUGACGUGCAUCAAGAGAGCCGUGAAGAAAGAACAUUGCUUAUCAACCUCUGCUACAACGGAUCCGUUGGUGCCGAAUGAAAAUCCUCUUGAUUUCGAUAGUGUAAAUUGUGGUGGUGGCUUUGCUGCUAUUGCGAUCAGUUCUAAAUCAAUUUGCGCCCAACAACUAGAAAUUAAAAGAGAACCAGCUGAUGUCGGAUACAGUCAACAGCUUGACGACCCGUUCCAUUCAAAUAAAAUUGAACCUAACCCAAAUUGUACCAAAUUUUCAUGCGAAUAUUGCCGGAAAGAGCUUUUAUCGGAGCCGACAUUGGAUAUUCAUGUCAGAAAUUGCAAGUGGAAAGAGAAAUUGGAGAGUGAGCGUACUAACAAAGUUGAUGACAUGGUCGAAAAGAGAUUAAUGCCUAGCAGUAGCGACGUUGAACAACAAGGUAAACAGCAAAUAGCACACCAAGAAAAUCUGUUUGUCAUAGAAAAAGGGUUGGAAGCGGAUUAUUCAUUGAUUGGGGAAUCCAAUGUUAAGGGAGAAUCAGAAAUUGAUAUUGAUAUGCCUGAAAGAUAUGAACAAGAUGAAUUCGAUGACUCUGACGAAAGUAUGGAUCUAAGCGACUUUCAAGAAAUUAAGAUGGCAAUUCGAACGCAAAUGGAAAAUGAAAAGAUGGUCAACGAACGUCAGUGUAACAUUUGCCACAAGAUUAUGAGCUCCGCCCAAUCUCUCCGUAGUCACAUGAAAUGGAAUCACAAUUCGAACUUCAAAAAACCCGAUCAAAGAGCAUAUAUAAAGUGUGAUGUUUGUGACCGAAUACUUUACAAUAAAGGCAACCUGCAGAGACAUAAGAUAAGUGUACAUGGCGCACCGCACUCUCGUGCUUCGUCGUCGACGAUUCAGCUGCCUGAAAAUAGUGAACAAGAGAAAAUUGAAGACUUUGGUGAACGUAUGCAUCUAAACGGUAAUCAAAAGCUUGAAACGGAAGUUCAAUCGCAGAAGAAAAAUGUAGCGAAUUUGAUGGUUGGUGAAAAUCAAUGCAGUAUUUGCCACAAGAUUAUGAGCUCAGCCGACUCUCUCCGUAAUCACAUGAAAUGGAAUCACAAUCGUGAUCCGAAUUUCAAGAAACGCAAUCAGAAAGUAUGUGCAAAAUGUGAUGACUGUAACCGAACGUUCUACAAUAAAGGCAGCCUUCAGAGACACAGAGAAAAUGUACAUAAAAUACGAGUGAAAAACUGCACGGAUGCGGAUAAAGUAUUCGAAUGCUACAUAUGCCAUAAAAUGAGCAAAACAAAAGAAAUACUUCGUGCGCAUCUUCUUUUAAUUCAUAGUAACGGAAAAAAAUUCAAGUGUGAACCAUGCAACAGGUCUUUCGCUUGUAAAUCGGGUUAUGAAAAACACUACAGGCUCACGCAUUUAAAUGUUCGCAACUUUGUAUGCGAAAUCUGCGGGAAAUCAUUCAAAACUUCACAAAAAUUGAAACUGCAUGAAUACACGCACACAAAAGAGAGGCCAUUCAAAUGUUCACAUGAUGGAUGUGAUAAAUAUUUUCGAACGCCAUCGCACAAGAUACAUCAUAUCAAAACUGUUCAUCUGGGACAAAAGCCUUUUCGCUGCAAAAUCGAUGGAUGUCAUGAAGAAUUUACCUGGUUGAAUCCGUUAAAAAAACAUAAACUCGAUGUGCAUUGCAUACCCAUGACGAAAUGACUGAUUUUCAUCUAGAUUUUGAACACAAAUAGAUUAGCUAGAACACUAAAUAAACCAUUAUCAUUUAAUGAAAACUCCAUUUUGUUUGAAUUUCCAAUAAAAUUCUUUCUCUGGAAGUUGAAUCAAAGAAAA